UGCCUCGGUGUUGCCAAGGGAGACCGUACAAAAACACCUCGUGCACGUCUUUCAAUGGCUUCGCGAGUCCGUGAACGCAACUCUCACUUCAACAGGGAGGACGGAGACCACCGGGACCCCGUGUGAUUACCUUGACUUUUUCCCCUCCUUUCGUUUUUUUUCUCGUUUUUUUUAUUUAUUUAUUCAUAAAAGCGGUGGUGUAUUUUAAAAAUAAAAAAAGUCGAAGACUGAGGGAGCAGCAGGCUUUUCUUAAGCCGUAUUCACAGACGCCGCAGUGGAUGAAUGUUUGCACCCCGUAGAUCGACAUCUGCCGCUGGAGUAAAAUGGCCCCCGAUGAGCGUCUCCGCGCCAGUUCCUCUUAACAGCCGAGCAGCGCUCAGCCGGGACUGAGGUGGUCCGAGCUGUAUGCUGGGGGGCAGCGAUGAUCACGUCCCACAUGAACGGUUACGUGCAGGAGGGCUCCGGCCACAGGGAGCGGGCGGUGGACUGCCCCGGCGACGAGAGCUGCCUGGUCAAGCCCGUGCACUGCAGCGCCCAAAUGGAGAGGAUUCAGCACUACCAGGACGAGCUGAGGAAGAGGAGGGAGGACGACGGACGGGGGAAGCGCGACGUCGACCCGGACGCUUCGCUGAGGCUCAAGAGGCUGGCGGAGAACCCGAAAGUGGGCGUCGACAAUCCCACCUUUGAGGGGAAGGAGAACGCUACUACCAAAGACACGCAUUCCAACCCUCCGCCUGCCGAGCUGGAGGAGCUGCUGCAGGCCGUCAAGUGGGCACAGCAGUGCGUGAGCGACGCGCAGAGCCAGCAAGAUGCGGAGCUGCUGCUCCAGCUGCUCGGGCAGGACGACUUCAAGUGCGCCUACAGCAUCUACACCGUCGUGUCCCAAAAGAUGAACCGAGUCAACCCUACCUCGCCCCUCACGGUGCAGGCGCAAGAGCUUUGCCAAGAGGUCCAGAAUAUCCUGCAGUCCAGUCAACAGAGUGAAGGCUUGGAGCUCAGGGCUCUGCUCACCAACCCUCAUCUCCAGGCGCUGAUGCAGGCACAUGACAGCUUGGCCGUGCAGGAAAUGGCAGAGGACAAUGUGAUCCAGUAUCUCGGAGAAAGCGUUAAAAUGGUGCGCUUGCACAAGACCCGCGACACGCCACUGGGGGCGACCGUGCGCAACGACGUGGACAGCGUGGUGGUGAGCCGUGUGGUGAAAGGGGGCACGGCGGAGCGGAGCGGCCUGCUCAACGAGGGGGACGAGAUCCUGGAGAUCAACGGGGUUUCCGUUCGCGGCAAGCACGUCAACGAUGUUCACGACCUGCUGCAACAAAUGCACGGCACUUUGACCUUCCUCCUCAUCCCGAGCUCUCAGAUUAAACCUGCCCAGCACAGACAGACUGUGAUGCACGUACGAGCUUACUUUGACUACGACCCCUCGGAUGACCCCUUCGUGCCAUGUCGGGAGCUGGGCCUGUCAUUCCAGAAAGGGGACAUCCUCCACGUCCUCAGCCAGGAUGACCCCAACUGGUGGCAGGCCUACAGGGACAGAGACGAGGAAAACCAGCUACUGGCUGGACUCAUUCCAGGGAAGUGCUUCCAGCAACAGAGGGAGACCUUGAAGAGAACUUUACCCGACAGAAGUAGAGAACAACAAGGCAAACGUUGGUACGUGAAGAAAAACAAGAAGCAGAAGAAGAAAAGCACAUCUCCUCUGAGCAAGAACACUGAAUGCGACGACGUCCUGACCUAUGAGGAGAUGUCGCUCUAUCACCAGCCUGCCACCCGCAAGCGUCCCAUCGCCCUGAUCGCGCCCACGAACAGCGGCCACGACGAGCUGCGGCGCAGGUUGCUCGCCGUCGAACCGGAGAAGUUCGCCGUUGCCGUACCACACACGACCAGAAGCCCGAGGUUACACGAGCGAAACGGGCGCGAGUACCACUUUGUGAGUCGAGCCGCCUUCGAGGCCGACUUGUCGGCGGGGAAGUUCAUCGAGUCCGGCGAGUACGAGAAGAACCUUUACGGUACCAGCACGGACUCCGUGCGGCACGUGGUCAACUCUGGGCGCAUCUGUCUGCUGUGCCUGCACACCAGGUCCUUGAAGGUGUUGAGGUCCUCCAACCUCAAGCCCUUCGUCAUUUUCAUUGCUCCUCCUUCUCAAGAACGACUGCGCACUCUGCUGGCGACCGAGGGGAAAACACCUAAGCCGGAGGAGCUAAAGGAGGUCAUCGAGAAGGCCCGCGAGAUGGAGCAGGACUUCAGCCACGUGUUCGACGCCACCGUCGUGAACGGGGAGCCCAACGAGGCUUUCUUCGAACUGCGCAAGCUGAUCGAGAAGCUGGACACGGAGCCGCAGUGGGUGCCCACUUCCUGGCUCUGUUGAGCGCCGGCACGUUCCUGAAGACUGCAGUUGGAGGACAACUUUGCACAUUUCCUCCGAGAUGGAUGGACUCAGGUUUCUUACGAUUCUUCUCGUCUGUUUGUUGCUUUUUGUGCAUGAUUCCCACCUCUCUGGUUUAGCCAGUUAUGAAACAUAGACAUAUCUUAAUAUUUAUAAUUGUAAAUAAAAAAAAAAAAUUCUAGGGGGAAAAAAUGUAAACGUUUUACUCCAAAAGUGUGUGUACAACGGGAGUGUCAAAAUGAUGUAAUGGUAUGCUCCUUUUUUUUUUUUU